GCGCGCGAUGUGAUUCCGCUGCGUAACGGGCUGGUACGAGAGCGCUCGCACGCUCUCUCCUUCCCUCAGUCCCUAUAAAUACUCCAGCGGAGCUCUGCUAACUUUUCUGUUCUCUUUACCUGGUCUCAGUUGCCUUCCUCAGCAGGUCGGAGGUCGGGCGGCGAGAGAGAGGGAGAGAGGAGGAUAGGGCAGGGAGCUGGGGUUACGGUUUCUGGUUAUGGGAUUUGAGCGAUGGCGGCGGCGAAUGCGGUGGCGAAUGCAGCGGUGGAGCUCCGCAAGGGUAUCAGCGGCCUCGACAAGGUCGUGCUGAGGGAGCCCAGCGGGUGUUCGGCUGAGGUGUAUUUGUAUGGAGGUCAAGUAACAUCAUGGAAAAAUAUCUAUGGGGAGGAGUUGCUUUUUGUCAGCAGUAAGGCUACCUUCAAGCCUCCAAAAGCAAUACGUGGGGGUAUCCCAAUAUGCUUUCCUCAAUUUGGGAGCCAUGGAGCUCUUGAACUACAUGGGUUUGCCAAGAACAGGUUUUGGAGUAUUGACACUAACCCACCACCUCUUCCAGCAAACAGUGUCACUAAAACUUUUGUCGAUUUAAUCCUCAAGCCAUCUGACAAAGACUUAAAGAUCUGGCCUCACAGUUAUGAAUUUCGUCUAAGAGUUGCUCUGGCUCCUGGAGGAGCUCUGAUACUGACAUCACGCAUAAGAAACAUCAAUACUGAUGGAAAACCAUUCUCAUUUACAUUUGCAUACCAGACUUACUUUUCUGUCUCUGACAUCAGUGAAGUGCGGGUAGAAGGAUUGGAGACACUGGAUUACCUUGACAACUUGAAGGACAGGGAGCGCUUCACAGAACAAGGAGAUGCAAUUACGUUUGAAUCUGAAGUGGAGAAAAUAUAUUUGAGCACGCCGAUCAAGAUUGCUAUUCUGGAUCAUCAAAAGAAAAGGACAUUUGUUUUGCUAAAAGAAGGUCUUCCUGAUGCUGUGGUAUGGAAUCCUUGGGACAAGAAAGCCAAAGCCCUGGUGGAUUUUGGGUCUGACGAGUACAAACAUAUGCUUUGUGUUGAGGCCGCAGCCAUUGAGAAGCUCAUCACUCUGAAGCCUGGUCAGGAAUGGAAAGGAAUGCAAGAGCUAACUGUUGUUCCUUCCAGUUACUGUAGUGGGCAGUUGGAUCCUGAAAAAGUCCUUCAAGUUUGAGAGGUUGUCCCACUGUGUACAUCCUAUGCAGGCAUUCUCCUUCCUGUUGCAUUUUCUGUACCAGCAGUGAGUUCUGCCUGUUCUCAUGCCCAUUCCACGUUUUUUACCAUCUUAUCGGCUAUGGUAUAUCUAGAGGCAGAAUUUUAGUGGAAUAAUAACUACCAUGCUUUACAUGGUCCACAUAUCUCAAGAGAAAAGCAAUGUCAGCCCAAAUCAGGGGGUACAUAAAUUCAAACACGUUAGACCCAUUGCUUGUUUUUUGUAGCAUAUCGUCUCAUGAAACCAAGUUUUUGAGGAUGAGAGAGGCAUGUAAAGGUCUACUGGCCUUUUUUCUGAAUGUAUUAAUCUUUUAGGGGGUCCUGUGCCUUCUGUUGUAAAACUUCUGACUCGGUCUGAAAUUUAUAUGGCAGUGACGGUGCUUCUAUGAAACCUGUGUGUUCUUCGCAUGGAUUGUCAGAUUUAGUACCAUUUGAACUGAAACCGUGCAACUUUAUAUUAUUAGUCCCACUCAGACAAGUGAUGCCCAGAAGAGCUAUCACUUCAAAUUUGUCAGCUGAUAGCCCAAUCACGAAUUUAAUCAAUUCUUUACUCCAUAUCUUCAAAA